GCGGCCAUACUGGCCAACCGGCCCGGGGGUCUGGGGCUGCCGUGACCUCGUGGGCAGGGCAGGCAGCAUGGACAGCCUCUUCGUGGAGGAGGUGGCUGCCUCCCUCGUGAGGGAGUUCCUCAGCAGAAAGGGCUUGAAGAGGACGAGCGUGACCAUGGACCAGGAGCGCCCGCGCACUGACCUCAGCAUCAACAGCCGGAACAACCUCCGCAAGGUUUUGCAUCUGGAGUUUCUCUACAAGGAGAACAAGGCAAAGGAAAAUCCUCUAAAGACAAACCUCGAACUCAUUACCAGAUAUUUUCUGGAUCACUUCGAAAACGCCGCUAACAAUUUCACUCAGGAAGCGCCGAUGCCUGCACUCUCCCUUCCAAAGAAGGGCAGCAAACCACCGCUGAGAUGCUCCGAGGCCACGCUGGUGAACAUAUACGACCUCGCAGGCGAGGAUGCGGCGUGGAGAACGUCCCUGUCGGAGGCGGGCAAAGCCAGGUGUCUUUCCUGUUUACACCGUGGACACGACAGUCACGACGGGGACGUGCUUGGCAACGUGGUGUCAUCCAAGAGGCCCCCACACAGAAGUAAGCCGGCGCAGGCCCUCCCGGCUGAAAGCCCUCCGGCCUCGGCCCCCGCGUGGGAGAAGGCGGACAGGCCCCCCCUGUCGUCAGAGCCGCCCCUGGACACGAAGCGGGCCGGGGAGAAGGCCAGGCCGAAGCCGGGCCUGAUUGUCCGGGGCAUGAUGGCCGGGCCCACCGCCAGCGCCCCGCAGGACUCGCUCCGCAAGCGCUCCCUGAGGCGGCCGCUGGUCUUGAGUGGCAUGGCUCAGCCCCACGAGGAGGAGGAGGGCUGCAGAGCCCCCGAGCUGUCCGCCCGCACCCUGACCUGUCCCGCCCCACAGGAGGGCCUGGCUUCCAGCACCGGCUCCACUGCCAGGAGCCCCCCGGGCCAGCUCAGCAAGCCCACCGCAGAAAAGCACAGGGGCACACCCAACAGCCCCCCUUGCCUGCCGAGCCAAGGGCUGCCACAGAGGGGGAGCGGCAGGGGCAGAGGUCUUUCGGGGGACAGCACCGCCAUGGACCACGGCCCAGAGGCCAGCAGGACGCCUUUGAAAUUCUCGUCGCCUGGUGGGAAUGCCAAGACGACCCAGGAGAGGCUGGAAAGAGCAUUCAAAAGGCAGGGGGACCCAUUCCUGCCUCUCAGGAAGACUCAGUUGCCAGUGUCCAGCAAGGCCGACGGGGAGCCGGGUGCCCUGCAGCUCGAGGAUGUGGAGGACGACGAGUCGGUGCGGGAAGAAGUCAUUCUCUGUCCGGCCCCGCCAGCGCCCAGGCUUCAAACAGUGUCAGAGCCCAUCGACCUCUCAGUGGCCAAGGACUUGAAGACUGUCCUGUUUGGGUCCAGCGUUUGCUGCUUCAGUGAAGAGUGGAAACUCCAGAGCUUUUCGUUCAGUGACGCAGCCCCGCUGAGAUACGGCAUCGUGCAGGUCAAGGGCGGUCCCUGCGGGGUCCUGGCGGCCGUCCAAGGCUGUGUCCUGCAGAAGCUCCUGUUCGAAGGAGACAGCAGAGGUGACUGCGCUCGGCAGCUGCAGCCUUCAAAUGCCCACAGGACCCACUGCCUGGCCCUGGCCAUCGCGGACAUUUUGUGGCGGGCCGGGGGCCACGAGAGAGCCGUGGUCACACUGCCUUCAGGGAUGCAGCAGUUCAUUCCGACGGGGAAAUACAAAGCAGACGGAGUCCUAGAAACACUCAUGCUCCACACUGUGACCUGCUAUGAGGAGCUGGCGGCUUUCCUGCAACAGAGCAUCCAUCAGUUCGAAGCCGGCCCCUUCGGAUGCAUCCUGCUCACCCUGUCGGCCAUCCUGUCCCGGUCCACGGAGCUCAUCCGCCAGGACUUCGACGUCCCCACCAACCACCUGAUCGGAGCACACAGCUACUGUACCCAGGAGCUGGUCAACCUGCUGCUGACCGGGAGAGCCGUGUCCAACGUUUUCAACGACGUGGUGGAGCUGGACGCCGGGGAUGGGAACGUCACGCUGCUCAAAGGCAUCGCCGCCCGCAGCGACGUCGGCUUCCUGUCUCUCUUUGAGCACUACGACGUGUGCCAGGUCGGCUGCUUCCUGAAGACCCCCCGGUUCCCCAUCUGGGUGGUGUGCAGCGAGAGCCACUUCAGCGUCCUCUUCAGCCUGCAGCCGGAGCUCCUGCGAGACUGGCGGACUGAGAGGCUCUUCGACCUGUACUACUACGAUGGCCUGGCCAACCAGCAGGAGCAGAUCCGGCUGACCAUCGACACUACCCAGACUGUCCCUGAGAACAGAGACAGCAACCUUGACCUCAUCCCGCCCCUGGAGCUCUGCAUCAGGACCAAGUGGAAGGGGGCGUCCGUGAACUGGAAUGGCUCGGACCCCAUCCUGUGAGCCUGCGUCCGGGUGGCUGUGUCCUAUGGCUCCACCGCCCACCGCAGGGCUGACAGCUGGGCCCCAGGCCUCAGGGACGAGUCUGUCGGAAGGGCGUCACCCCCACCUGGGCCAGCACUGCCGCAGAAGCAUCCGGAGCCGCCCUGCCCCUUCCAGGAAGGGCCCGCCCAGGACCUCGAUGAGGGCCCGGGUGCUGCCACCGUGCGGCCCCCUCCCAGCCGAGCUGUGACUGCCGGGGACAGGAGGGCGGCUGGCUCCUGGGGCCGCUGCUGCCUUUCACCCGUGUCCCCCCACCCCGCUCCCUGCCGGGCUGCUCCCUUGCCCAGCCUCUGGCACGGCAGGUGCGGGACCCUCGGCCCUUCCAUUCCCGGGAGCCGGCUUUCUAUAAAAAACAGGAGACAA